CACUAUUUUGCGACGGUUUUUUAACAUUGACACCGAGAACACGACACGACGUUUCCCUCUUCUAUUUUCAGUUUUAACUAUUUUUGAAAAGUUAGUGUUAAUAUUUGAGUUUAGGCUGCUCAAUUGUUCAAAAGGACUAGAAAGAUGGCAGGGCUAUGGCGGAACUCGCUGCGGCUGCAGAAGAGCCUCACCUCCAAAAUGCAGACGAGGAACCUCAACCUGAUGGAGUACCAAAGCAAAAACUUGCUCGACAAACACAGCGUCUGUGUUCAAAAGUUCAAAAUGGUUGAAAACAAAGAAGAAGCUCAAACAGUAGCCGAAGAUUUCCGAGUCAAAGAGUACGUGAUCAAAGCACAAAUUCUUGCCGGCGGUCGUGGCCUUGGACACUUUGACAACGGCUUCAAAGGUGGCGUGCAUAUCACAAAAGACCCGAAGAAAAUAUUUCCGAUCGUGGAGCAGAUGGUUGGCCACCGACUGAUCACCAAGCAAACGCCUAAAGAUGGAAUCGAAGUGAAAAAAGUGAUGGUUGCUGAGAGUGUCGAUAUCCUGCGUGAAACCUACGUCUGUAUUCUCAUGGAUAGGCAACACAAUGGACCAGUAAUAAUCGCAUCCCCGGCUGGUGGCACCGACAUCGAAGAUGUCGCCAAAAAGACGCCCCACCUGAUCCAAACCACCCCUGUCGAUAUUUUCGAAGGUGUCACGGACGCAAAGGCGCAGAGCAUCGCCGAAUUCCUGCAAUUCAAAGGAGAACUGAAAAAUAAGGCUGCUGAUGAAAUCAAGAAGCUGUGGAGUCUGUUCCUGAAAGUGGACGCCCUGCAGCUGGAGAUCAACCCCCUGGUGGAGACUGACGACAAGCAAGUAGUGUCUGUCGACGCCAAACUCGGCUUUGAUGACAACGCCAAAUUCAGGCAGCAGGACAUCUUUGCGAUGGAAGAUGCGACUGAAAUGGAUCCUCAGGAGUACGAAGCGUCUAAACACAACCUCAACUACAUCAGAAUGGAUGGCAACAUUGGCUGUUUAGUGAAUGGUGCUGGUCUCGCCAUGGCUACGAUGGACAUAAUCAAGCUGCACGGAGGAGAGCCAGCCAAUUUCCUUGACGUUGGUGGCUCGGUAAAGGAGGAUCAAGUCUUCCACGCCUUUAAUAUCAUCACUGGAGAUAAAAACGUCAAAGCAAUAUUAGUUAAUGUGUUUGGUGGCAUCGUGAACUGCGAAACUAUCGCCAAAGGAAUCAUUACUGCCUGCCGCAACAUGAAACUCAGCAUUCCGCUUGUCGUCAGGCUUGAAGGUACGAACGUGUUGCCAGCCAAAAAACUUCUUGCCGAGUCAGGUUUGCAGAUCUUGCCUGCGUCAAACCUGGAAGAAGCGGCGCAAAAGGCGGUGAGUGCCUUGAAGCAGUGAUUCAACUUGGGCAAUUUUUCAGCAUUUAUCCGGAAUACUUUAAUUUGUCAAAUUGGUCAAAUUAUUUGCUUUUUCUUGCUCGCAUACGAAACAAAUUGUUGCCAUUUCAUGAGUAGCUUCAAAAUUAUUUUUCUCACAAGACUGGAACGUUUUAUUGAAAGGAUAGUUUAUCAGCCGCUCUAUUGACAUUUAAUAAAAUUAUUGUUAUUUUAUGAUUACAAUAAAACUGCCAUAUUUGUGAAAUAAAAUUCUAAAAUUUUUACUC